AUGGAACGACCUCAAUACCAGCAUUAUAUACCUCGCUUCAUUUUGAAGCACUUUACUUUCGCAGAGAGUAUAGGCAGAAGAUCUGCCAAAGAUGGUUUGUUACAUGUCCUCGAACUUCCAAGGGGGGGAUUCAAACUCGCGAACCUCAGUAAGACAUGCGGGGAGUACAACCUCUAUGAUCUUCCGAGUAGCGCCAACCCUAGAAACAUCGAAGAGCUGUUCAGCGACCUAGAGAGCAAAUCAAGCCAAAUAUUCGGUAAAAUAAGGGACGCCGUUGCCAAGAGUCUUGACCAUAUCGACAUCCUUGAAAAAGACAUUCAAAUCCUCUUCAAGUUCAUGGACCUUUCCAGGAGACGAUCUGAGUAUUUUCGAGACGAUAUAGCUGAUCCUUAUCGAAAAAACGACUUUAUGUUCCAAGAAAUGUUCGAACAAGCACGAAAUCAAGGUCAAUCCGACGAUCCAUCACAAUUUUGGCUUGAGGGUUUGCAGUACCUCUUGCAAACCAGUCAUGAGGAUCUUCUGACUGAUGCUAACAAGAACGCUUGGGCACGCACAUAUAGCCAUUAUAUCGAGCGAUAUUCUCUUCAAAUUUGGAAAGCUGCCGAUGGUCAUGAAUUCUUUCUUAAUGAAAGCCUAGUGGAUUUUGAAGGCGAUACAGAGUCCUAUAUGGGGGCAGAAGAGAAGGAAGAUGGAAGACUCCAGCUCGUCAUGAUGACGUUGGACGAUGUCAAACAUAUUAUCCUUCCAAUCAGUCCAAAAAUUGCCAUAAUCUUUUGCGAUGAAUCUCGCUGUUGGGAGUCACCGUUCGCCGAGAUUCUACACAAGAGGAAGAUUCCAUAUCCAGAAAACUCUUUGCUAAAAAGCGCGCCUCAUAAGGAUAUCACCAGCAUUCCUGUGCCAGAACAAAGGAGAGGGAAGAUAAGAUGGCCAGCAACGGAGGCAUGGAGAGUCAAUAUUGGCAAAUUAUCGGCAGAACAUCAUCAAAUCAUCAAUUCUUACUCACUCCUCCACGCACAAUCCUUGAUCAUAGUCCGAAGUCGAAAGUGCUUCGAGCAAGCCAAGAGGUCAUGCGAUUCGUUCAGUACAGCCAGAAUAGAACGAUGGGAAAGCCAAGGGAGUCGAUAUACAUAUGAUAACUAUGCACCAAGAAAUAAGGAAAAUGUACCAGAACUAUCCGGAGAGCAAUCAGGCAGAAUCGUGAAUGACUUCAUGCUUGCUCUGGAUAGGAUUGUCUGCCUUGUUCAGACUACAAAUGAGCCUUUACCGACAACCAAGAAAAAUAUUAUGGACUCCUGGAUGGCAAUGUGCGCACUAGAGUCUUGCGUGGUUAAAGACAGAAGUUUGCAGCCAGGUCCUGUGGGCGAGAUAGCAGGAAUGCACCCAGAAAUGAGAGCGGCUUUCGAAGCAGCAUUCCCGCCCAAGCAUGCCAGCCACAGAAAUCUCAUUGAAAUGGAUUUCAUGGACUUCUUCCACCAUGGUUUUGGAGAACAGGGGUUUGCCAGAUUGAUGGACAAUAUUGGUGCCAAAGCAAGGGAAAUAAUACCCCCCGAAUCUUUUACAAUCCAUUGGGACAGUUGCAAAGCCGUGUUGCAACAGAUCCUUACCAAUACGUGUCGUGUGAAAGGAGAAAAAGAGGACGCUCUCCUCGAAAAUCAGACUUGGCGAUCAGUAUGUAUAUUGGCUCAGAAUUUUGCCACUUUACAGUGGAUGUUUGAGGAACGGCAGGAUAUAUUGGCAGUCUUUGUAGGACAGCUAUCCAAACCUCUGGGUGAAUUAUACCCCGAGGUCAUCCGUAUGCGCGCACCGAGAACCUGA